CUUAACUUUAAUAUUAAUGAUGGCAGAGUCUCAAGAAAUAUUACUUCAAAAAAUAAAAGAACAGGGUGAUCUGGUCAGAAAAUUGAAAGCUGCAAAAGAAGCAAAUGAAAAGGCCAAGAAGACUGUAAAAGAGUAUGAUCUCAAAGAAAUUGAUAGACACUUGUGUAGCUACAGUUAUAUUUGUGGUUAUGUACCUAGUAACUGUGAUGUCGAAUUGUAUAAAAGCAUAGGCAAAAAUAAAGAUUUUGACAGAUACAAAUAUUUGAGGAGGUGGUGGUACCAUAUGCGGAGUUACAGUGACUCAGAAAUAGAAUUAUUCCCAAUGACUGUACUGCCCACUAAAAUGUAUAUCGAAAAUAAUGUGUGUGAUGACCAGAUUCAAGAAGAGGUGAAAAAAUUAUUGGCACUUAAAAAGCAGCUAACUGUGGAGGAUGUAGUACCACAAAAGUUUACUCUUAAGACACCAAAGGGUACUCGAGAUUACAAUCCACAACAGAUGGCAAUAAGAAACAAUGUACUCCAAAGAAUUAUUACAGUCUUCAAGAAGCAUGGUGCUGAAUGCAUAGAUACACCAGUUUUUGAAUUGAAGGAUGUAUUAACUGGUAAAUAUGGUGAAGAUUCAAAAUUGAUUUAUGACUUGAAAGAUCAAGGAGGAGAAAUUUUAUCUCUAAGAUAUGACCUGACUGUGCCUUUAGCAAGAUAUUUGGCAAUGAAUAAAAUCACAACACUUAAGCGUUAUCAUAUUGCAAAAGUCUACAGAAGAGACAAUCCAGCAAUGACAAGAGGCAGAUACAGAGAAUUCUACCAAUGUGACUUUGAUAUAGCUGGUCAAUAUGAUUUGAUGGUACCUGAUGCGGAAUGUCUUAAAGCUGUUACAGAGAUAUUGGACGCCCUUGAUAUAGGUAAAUAUGUACUGAAGGUGAAUCACAGAAGAUUACUUGAUGGCAUGUUUGAGGCAUGUGGUGUACCAGCAGAUAAAUUUCGUCCAACCUGUUCCUCUGUAGAUAAACUUGACAAGUCACCAUGGGAAGAAGUCCGAACUGAAAUGAUAAAUGAAAAAGGUGUAUCACCUGAUGCAGCAGACAGAAUAGGAAAAUAUGUACUUCUAAAUGGUGGAGUCGAACUAGCCGAGAAGUUAUUGAAAGAUGAGAAAUUGUCCAACACUAAAGCGGCAAUUGAAGGACUUGAGGGCAUUAUGCUAUUAUUAAAAUAUUGUGAAUUAUUUGGAAUUAAGGACAAAAUUGUUUUCGACUUAAGCUUAGCUAGAGGAUUGGAUUAUUACACUGGUGUAAUUUAUGAAGCUGUUUUAACUGAGCCAAUUAAAAUCGGUAAUGAAGAACAAUCAGUCGGAUCUAUAGCUGGUGGAGGUAGAUAUGAUAACCUUGUUGGGAUGUUUGACACUAAGAAUAAACAGGUUCCAUGUGUAGGUGUCAGUAUCGGCGUUGAGCGCAUCUUUUCAGUUCUUGAGGCGAAGUUGGCGGCCGGCGAGAUGCGCGUACGCACCAAUGAAGUGGACGUGUAUGUCGCAUCAGCGCAGAAAAAUUUCCUCGAGGAACGAAUGAAGAUCUGUACUGAAUUGUGGAAUGCCGGCAUUAAGACUGAGCAGUCCUACAAGAAAAAUCCUAAGAUGCUGACUCAGCUACAGCAUUGUGAAGAUAGUUGUAUACCUCUCGCCGUAGUAUUAGGAGAAUCGGAAUUGAAGCGAGGCAUGGUGAAGAUAAGAGACAUUGUUUCAAGGCAAGAAGAGGAGGUACAAAGGGAGGAUUUAGUGAAAGAACUGAAUGCUAGGAUAGCAUCGUUGAAUAAAAGAGGGAUAAAUGGAGUCUGAAGUUGAAUUUAUAAAUAAACAUUUAGUUACGCGCAUUUAUUUAUAAGAGCUAUUUAUUUAUGUAUUGGUCACAUAAAUAAAUAAAAGACUACGAUUCAAAAUGCUGCACAACAAAAUACCAGUAUAAACGCUAUUUUAACCUUUUUUCACGUCUAUUUACAAAUUGUAUACAUUUUAUUAAUGGGGUAUUUGGAUACCACGUUAAUGUAUGUUUUAAAAGAGUAAAUUUUGUUGUGCAUUAAUUUGAAAAUGGAAUGUGAAUUUGGAGCGUUUUGUAUAAUAACAUUUAAAAGAGACAGUAUUAGAAUCCAGAAGGAUUGUCACGAACUCUUAUUCAGUUUUUAUUAAUUCUAUUGUCUAUGUAUAUGUGUGCCAAAUGAAUGGUAGUAUGUAUAUAUAUUUUUUAAUAUGCAUACAUAUAUACAUACUUUUUGCACUUGCCCAUUAUAAACUUUAACCGUGUCAA